AAGUCUAAAGUCGUUUUUUAAAUAAAGAGAUCAAAUAAGUUUUAUCUCUUUAUUUGGUCCGAUAGCCAAGAUCAAUUAAAGAGAUCAAACAAAUAAGUUUGGUCCGAUAGCCCAAGAUCUGCUCGCACUAAACCUAUCGCAAUUCUUUAUCAUAUUUCCAUCGCCGCUGAAGCUCCAUCUGUCGUCGCCGACUCGCCGACUCUUCUCAGGCAAAGUAGAGUCAAGAUGAGCAAAGGCAGCACAGGCGUCGUCAAGGGAGGGAAGAAGAAGGGAGCAAGCUUCGUGAUCGACUGCUCCAAGCCAGUCGAAGAUAAGAUCAUGGACAUCGCCUCACUCGAGAAGUUCCUCCAGGAGCGCAUCAAGGUCGGCGGCAAGGCCGGAGCCCUCGGCGACUCUGUCACCGUCACUCGUGAGAAGACAAAGAUCACCGUCACAUGUGAUACCAAUUUUUCCAAGAGGUAUUUGAAAUACUUGACAAAGAAGUACCUAAAGAAGAACAAUGUGCGUGACUGGCUCCGUGUCAUUUCUUCAAACAAGGAUAAGAAUGUCUAUGAGUUGAGGUAUUUCAACAUCGCUGAGAAUGAAGCUGAAGAUGAAGAUUAAGUGUGCUAAUCCCUACUUUCUUCCAUACCUUUUGGAUUUUGAACCUUGUACUUUUGAACACUUUAAUAUUGUUAUUGUAGUACUUGUUUUUAAAUAUCUUCCAUUCUCUGAAUCAGGUAUUUAACAUUUUUGCUGUUCUUGAUUCAUGAUUUUUACUUUUCACUUAUGAUGCAAUAUUUAAAACAAGUCCAGUACUAUGAUGCAAUAUUUAAAAUAUGUCCAAUAUUAACUAAAAUUACUAUUUUAUUUUCUACUUGGAACCUAGUUGAUGUCAUAAAGUGCUACGCAAGGUAAACUGAUCUUUAUGUUUGUAGUUUUAAUCAACCCAAAAUAAAAAAGAUUUGCUAAAAAUUUAUAUGUAAAUAACCAAUCUUCAAUCAAUAAUAUUAUAUCAAUCUCAAUUGUUUAAUUAUCUUCAGAGUAGGCUUGGACUUGGGCCGGGCCGCCGGUUCCGGGCCGGUUCCGGUUCAUUUUUUUUAUUCUUAUUUAUUUCACCCCCACCCCCAAACCCCAACCCCCCAAACCCCUCGGAAAUACCCCUCCC